AUGGCUGAUCACAAUUAUGUUUCAAUAAACGAAUGUGCAAAGAAAUAUUGUAAGCGAUAUUGUUGCACUCCACAAUGCAAAAAUAAACAAAUGUCUACGUCAUCUAUAACAUUCCAUUCCUUCCCUAAACAAAAAGAUUUGAAAUUAAAAUGGAAGACUGCUCUAAAAAUUGGAAAAGAAGUGCCAAAAUAUGCUUUUGUCUGUUCUACACAUUUUGAUGACAGUGAUUUUAUUCCAAGCUCAAAAACAAGUUCACCAGCAAAAAUAAGAAGACUGAAGAUUGGUGUAGUACCUUCAAAAAAUUUACCUGUUCGGUCACUGGACAAAGUGCUUUUAACUCCAACAAAAGAAAAAAUCAUUAAGAGAGCUGAGAGAUUGAACAAACGCGUCGUCAAAUAA